AUGCGCAGCAAGUUCAAGGACGAGCACCCCUUCGAGAAGCGCAAGGCCGAGGCCGAGCGCAUCCGACAGAAGUACUCCGAUCGCAUUCCUGUCAUCUGCGAAAAGGUCGAGAAGAGCGACAUCGCUACCAUCGACAAGAAGAAGUACUUGGUUCCCGCGGACCUGACAGUAGGCCAGUUCGUCUACGUCAUCCGCAAGAGGAUCAAGCUUUCGCCCGAGAAGGCCAUUUUCAUCUUCGUGGAUGAAGUCCUUCCCCCGACCGCUGCUCUUAUGAGCAGCAUCUACGAGGAGCACAAGGACGAGGAUGGAUUCCUGUACAUCACGUACUCCGGCGAGAACACCUUUGGUACCGCAUAA